AUGGUAACUCCGCUACGCUCACAAGUGUUAGCACAUUAUAAGAAAUUAAUUCGUACUGCACAGGGUGUUUUCCAAAAUGAUCCAGUACGAAUUGCUAGUAUGACACAAGGCAUACGAGAAAAUUUCGCACAUUAUAAAAAUGUUACCGACGAAAAAACCAUCAAAGAAUUAAUCCGUGCAGCAAAAGAUACAGAUAGUUUUCUUCGCCGACAAGUGUUACAAACUGUUCAAACUAGUGAAAAUACUUAUCUCGUCAAACCGUACAUGUUAUUUGAUAAUACUCGCAUGAUUCGGGAAUGUGAAGAUGAUGAGAAAGCACAUCAUGAAGAAGAAGAAGAAGAAGAAAAAGCACGACAACAAGGACUAUCGCCUUGCGAAAUAGCAGCACAGAAGUUUAAAUAA